CGGCAAUUUUUUUAGACUACGUGUCUAAGCGAAGAAUGUGUCGUUGCAUUUCAGAUCGGUUUUAAUUUUCGAGUUACUGGCUGGAAUUGGGACAUGAAUCGGACGCCGAAGAUGCUGAACAGCAAGGUGGCUGGCUACAGCAGCCAUACCUUCGCCAUCCUGCUAAUUGCCUGGCUGGCCGGAUUUUCCUCUCGCCUCUUCGCCGUCAUCCGCUUCGAGUCGAUAAUCCAUGAGUUCGAUCCGUGGUUCAACUACCGGGCCACCGCCUACAUGGUGCAGAAUGGUUGGUACAACUUCCUCAACUGGUUCGACGAGCGGGCCUGGUAUCCGCUGGGCAGGAUUGUGGGCGGCACAGUGUACCCCGGCCUGAUGAUCACCUCGGGCGGAAUCCACUGGCUGCUGCACGUACUCAACAUUCCGGUCCACAUCCGUGACAUCUGUGUGUUCCUGGCACCCGUCUUCAGCGGCCUGACCUCCAUCUCCACUUAUCUGCUGACCAAGGAGUUGUGGUCCGCGGGCGCCGGCCUCUUCGCCGCCAGCUUCAUCGCCAUUGUGCCCGGCUACAUCAGUCGGUCGGUGGCCGGAUCGUACGACAACGAGGGCAUAGCCAUCUUCGCCCUGCAGUUCACCUACUUCCUGUGGGUGCGCUCCGUGAAGACGGGAUCCGUGUUCUGGUCCGCCGCAGCCGCUUUGUCCUACUUCUACAUGGUCUCCGCGUGGGGAGGCUACGUGUUCAUCAUCAACCUGAUCCCCCUGCACGUUUUCGUGCUGCUCAUCAUGGGUCGGUACUCUCCGCGCCUGCUGACCAGCUACAGCACCUUUUACAUCCUGGGACUGCUAUUCUCCAUGCAGAUCCCCUUCGUGGGAUUCCAGCCGAUUCGCACCAGCGAGCACAUGGCUGCCCUGGGAGUGUUUGUGCUCCUGAUGGCCGUGGCCACCUUGCGCCAUCUGCAGUCCGUGCUGUCGCGUCAUGAGUUCCGGAAGCUGUUCAUCGUCGGAGGAUUGCUGGUAGGCGUUGGUUUUGUGGCCGUCGUGGUGCUCACCAUGCUGGGCGUUGUGGCACCGUGGAGCGGACGCUUCUACUCUCUGUGGGACACAGGCUACGCCAAGAUCCACAUUCCCAUCAUUGCCUCCGUGUCGGAGCAUCAGCCCACAACCUGGUUCUCGUUCUUCUUCGAUCUGCACAUCCUCGUUUGCGCUUUCCCCGUGGGAGUGUGGUACUGCAUUAAGCAGAUCAACGACGAGCGCGUCUUCGUGGUGCUGUACGCCAUCAGUGCGGUCUACUUUGCCGGCGUGAUGGUCCGUUUGAUGCUGACCCUUACGCCAGUGGUGUGCAUGCUGGCUGGAGUGGCCUUCUCGGGUCUGUUGGAUGUGUUCCUGCAAGAGGAUUCCUCGAAGCGAAUGGGCACAGCUAUAAACACGGCAACCGAAGUGGAUGAAGCCGAGGACUCCAUUGAAAAGAAGACUUUGUACGAUAAGGCUGGAAAACUGAAGCACCGCACCAAGCAUGAUGCCCAGCAGGAUACUGGCAUCAGUUCGAAUCUGAAGAGUAUUGUUAUUUUGGCCGUUCUAAUGCUGUUGAUGAUGUUCGCUGUCCACUGCACCUGGGUGACCAGCAAUGCCUACUCCAGCCCCUCCAUUGUGCUGGCUUUCCACAACAGCCAAGAUGGAUCUCGCAACAUUUUGGACGAUUUCAGGGAGGCUUACUACUGGCUUUCACAGAACACUGCUGACGAUGCCCGAGUGAUGUCUUGGUGGGAUUACGGAUACCAGAUAGCGGGCAUGGCAAACAGAACUACGCUAGUGGACAACAAUACGUGGAACAACAGUCACAUAGCGCUGGUCGGCAAGGCCAUGUCUUCGACCGAGGAGAAAUCCUACGAAAUUAUGACAUCUCUUGACGUGGACUACGUCCUGGUAAUCUUUGGCGGUGUGAUCGGCUACUCCGGCGAUGACAUCAACAAGUUCCUUUGGAUGGUUCGGAUUGCUGAGGGCGAGCAUCCCAAAGAUAUCAAGGAAAGCGAUUACUUUACCGACCGCGGUGAAUUCAGGGUGGAUGCCGAAGGUGCUCCGGCCCUGCUUAACUGCCUUAUGUACAAAUUAAGCUACUACCGAUUCGGGGAAUUGAAAUUGGACUACAGAGGACCGUCGGGAUAUGAUCGCACUCGAAACGCAGUCAUCGGAAAUAAGGACUUUGAUCUGACCUAUCUGGAGGAGGCCUAUACCACAGAACACUGGCUUGUUCGCAUCUAUAGGGUUAAGAAGCCGCAUGAGUUUAACAGACCAUCCCUGAAAACCAAGGAGAGAACGAUUCCCCCAGCAAACUUCAUCUCCAGAAAGAACUCGAAGCGCCGCAAGGGCUAUAUAAGAAACCGACCGGUUGUUGUUAAGGGAAAACGAACCUUGAAAUAAACCCAAAUAAUAAAUGUAUUGAUCUUUCACCAACGUAGAAAACUUGGUUAAAACACUUUACACAUAGCACAUGGUUUGGUGAAAGUGUUUCCACCGCAUCCUCAUGUUGAGGGCUUUAAUUGCCGCCCCAAAAUAAAAUUUAACAUAUUCCCAGACUCGUGUGACACAAUAUUUAUCGAGUUGCUUCCUUGAUGAAAUUCCUGGUUUCCUUGAUUUCAACUGUUUCGCGGCUCCACCAUUCAUUGUCUUAAGCUAGCAAUUCAAUAAAGCAGGUGUACAUUUUUAAA